AUGCACCUGGGCGACGACGGCUACCGCGAUCUGUUCAAGGGCGUGGACCCGCGCGACGGCGCCACCCCGUGGCUCCUCAAGCGCUGCCGCUUCCGCGAAUUCGAAGAGUUCCAAGCAGAGGUGGCGGAGAUGGGCAACAAGAACCACCCCAACCUGCUGCGCCUGCUGGGGUACUGCGAUGAGCAAGACAGGCAGGGGCGGUGGGUGCAGGUGGUGGUGUAUGAAUUCAUGACAGCUGGCAGCCUGCUCGACAAGUUUGGACCAGAUGGUGAGGCAGGGCUCACCUCUCAUGAUGCAAGUGCUUGCGUGCCCAUGUCGUCGCCAACAGUGCACACCACAUUCUCCAAGACAACACCACGCCAGGCGAAGAUUGCAGGGUUUGAAUACGUCUCGCGCAGGGCGGCAGCAAGUGGAGAGGACGUGGUGGUGGGCGAGCUCGAGUACGUGGACCCGCACCUGCUCACUGAGCAGCCCACACCCACCAAUGACCUCCACAGUCUGGGGGUGGUGCUGCUGGAGCUGCUGUCAGGCCACCGUGCUUUCACGCAAGAGGAGAACGUGGAACCGAUCAGAGACAGUGUGAGUGCGAGCCAGUGGAGCAUUGGGGGGUGGGCGAGUGUUGUGUUCCGAGGCGUGCCAGCUUUGCUGUACCGCCCGCCAUCACUGGCUGUGUUUUAA